UUGUGCUUUCAUAUUGAAAUUUACGAACGAAUUAAAGUAAAUUAAGUUUUUCAUUUUAAAAAAUAUAUAUAAUUUAUUAAACGAAAUAUAAAUCGAAAUGAAGCUGCUUAGAAAUAGCUCAACAUAUUUGGUGAUCUUCUUGAUUUUAUUCGCAUGUUGUGCCCAGGAUGCGGAAGGAACACGUCGAGUAUUACGUGGACGUAGAACGCUAACACGCAGAUACUUUACUGGCCUCGCCAUUCCCGGUUGGGCGCUAGUGCUGCUCAUAGCAGUUAGUGAACUUUUAAUUGGCGUCAUACUAUAUUUUGUGCUGCGCAGAUUUAUACUAUCCAAGGAGGUGGAACAGGCGAAUACUUAUGCUCCAGCUGCAACCCAUGAAGCUUGAAGCUUGCAACGCGCGAAUAAUUUUGCACCGAAAAGUCAAAAAGUUCAAAGACGCAACAAUUGCUGCAUAAAUUAUGGCACAAUUUUACACCAAAUUAAAAACAAAAAUAUGUUUCACAAUA